UUCAUUAAGGGCAUUCCCAAAGAACACGUGCUCUCCCGACCACUAAUGGGUGUGGUGAGGUGGAAAAAAAGCAGUGACCACUGGCCUCAAUUGUGGAAUCCUCCGGAGGUGUCAGUCACUAUCAGCAUUGUCUUGUAUUGUUCUGAAAGUGAUUCUGACCUCUGGGAGAGGACCCUGGGGAGUCUAGAGAGAGAGAGAGAGACAUUACAUUGUGGUCUUGGUGUCGAACCUUUCGGUCUUCAGGAAUUGGGCUGUGUGUCAGUGAGCGUCGAAGCGCACCCGGCAAGAGUGUCCUUUCAGCAUUGCUCUAAGGGUUUCCGGCACCAGCAGCAAGACGGUCCUCGGGAAGCCGAAGUCCUUUCCCUGCUGCUCUGCCUAUCGUAGUUCUUAGCCGCUUCCCAGGCAAGGCUUGGUGCCAUCCCCGAUAUCCGAGUUGGACGCAGUUUCGAUUGUACUUUCGAGCGUUUAUUGAAUCGUUGUUUGCAUCACGGUUUUUGUUUGGGGGAGGGAAGCAAUUCUUUUAAUUUAUUAGGGGACUUCCCCAAAUGGUUGUUUUCUGUGAAUCCGCACGUUGCCCCAAGAGGGAAGUCGUUGUGUAAACACUUGUCUCUCAGUACUAAACUCAAAACUGAAAGCAAAGUUAAAGCAGUGUCCCUUGCGGAUCCCUGACGUUUCCGAUGGCAAGCCCUGCAGUGGCGGCCAGAAGCAGAGAAGGUAGUGUGGGACUGCCCGCUUCCUGCACAACCCCGCGGCUCCAGGACGCCGAGGUCCCAGCCGGAGCGCCAGGGUCCGCAGAGCUCACGUUUGCACACGGCGGGGCUGGAGGCAGCGGCGGCUGAGUGCGCUGCCCUUAAAAGGAGGCGGGCCGUACCACCGCGGCGCCCGCGGGGGGGUCCCGGCGAGCUCGGGCUCCUCGAGGGGAGCCGAGGGCCGUGCGCUUCGCCCUCGGAGUGCGAGCCGACUGGCAGCGGGGAGCCCUCGGCGGGCGGUGGAGACGCGACCGGUGGUCUUCAGUGCCCCGAGCGUGCCCCGGGGCGGUGGGCAGCGCCGGUCCCCGGGCUCGAGCGAGGUGCGGUUCGCCCGGCCGCCCCCUGUGCCCGGAUGUCCGUCAGGCUCGGCGCGAGCCGAGGCUCCGGGGGGCGGAGGCGGCGCUGAGGACGCAGCGGCCGGGAGCUGAGCGUCCGCGCGGCUGGGGCGUCCGCUGGGUAGCGUCGCAGACGGCUGCGGUGGAUGCGGAGCGCGGCGCGGGCGGAGGAGCCCGCGGGCCGAGGGUUCUGAUGGACUCGGGACGCCGGGCUGUGUGAGCCGAGCCAUGGCAGCCCACUCCAGCUUGUACAAUGAAGACAGAAACCUCCUUCGGAUUAGAGAGAAGGAAAGACGCAACCAAGAAACUCAUGCAGGGAAAGAGGUGUUUGCUGAGACGGCCCCACUCUUUGGAGAGCCCUACAAGACUGCAAAAGGCGAUGAGCUGUCAAGUCGGAUACAGAACAUGCUAGGUGACUACGAAGAGAUGAAGGAGUUCUUGAGUACCAAAUCUUGCCCUCAGCGCCUGGAUGGUUCCGAAGAUAGGCCGGGGAAGUCGAGACAUCCUUUAUUUCAUGACAGGGGGAGCAGCAUCCCGUCCAACUCCUUCCGCACCCACGUCUACCACCAGCCUAUUCAUACUUCUUCAGCCCCUGGACCACUUUCUGUUGGGAACAUUAGCCACAGUCCAAAGAUGGCACCGCCAAGGAUGGAACCAGCGCCAAGUCUCCAUGCCAAAAACUAUGGCCCGCCCGACAGCCAGCGUCUGACUCAAGAUCGCCUCAGCCAGGAGGGGCACUGUUCCAACCACAGAAAGUGUGACCACAGAGCUGAUGGUGACUCAGCUCCGGAGAUGAAGCUCUCGCCCUUAAUCUCCUCUUUGCCGUCCCCAGUGCCCCCUCUGUCACCUGUACAUUCCAGGCUGCAGGGAGGCAGCAAGGCGCCCAGCUGUAGCACUAGCAAUAAAAGCUACAGCGCAGCCAUGUCUUCCAAGGACCUGGUGGCGAAGGUCCAAGAUAAUGAGACUCCUCAUGACAGUUUGGUGGCAGCUACCAGCCUUGGGGUAGCCCCUUCUCAGACAUUUCCACCCCCUCCUCUCCCCUCAAAAAGUGUUGCAAUGCAGCAGAAGCCCACAGCGUAUGUCCGGCCCAUGGACGGUCAGGAUCAGGCUCCUAGUGAGUCCCCCGAGCUGAAGCCGCCGUUGGAGGACUAUGGCCAGCAGAGCUUCGAGAAACCCGAUGUAAAAGUGCCUGCUAAGGCCAAGCUCACCAGACUGAGGAUGCCUUCGCAGGAAGUGGAGCAGCCCUUCUCCAGUGACGUUCAUUGCGUCGAAGAGAUUCUUAAGGAAAUGACCCACUCGUGGCCCCCUCCUCUGACAGCCAUACACACACCCAGUACAGCCGAGCCGUCCAGAUUUCCUUUUCCUACAAAGGAUCCUCUGCUCAUCAGUUCUGCAACCCAAAGCCAAAGCCAAAAACAAUACGAUGCACCCUCCAAAUCCCAUCGCAGUUCCCAGCAAGGAACAUCCAUGCUUGAGGAUGACCUGCAGCUCAGUGAUAGUGAAGACAGCGACACCGAACACGCCACAGAGAAACCUCCGUCCCCAUCUGCACCUCCAAGCGCUCCACCGAAGCUUCCCGAACCAACGGUGUCAGCACAUUCCAGUAGCGCAGAGUCGGAGAGCAGCGCGUCAGACAGCUCCUCGGACUCCGAGAGUGAGAGCAGCUCAAGUGACAGCGAGGAGAAUGAGCCCCUAGAGACCCCGGUUCCCGAGCCUGAGCCUCCGUCAACAAACAAAUGGCAGCUGGACAACUGGUUGACCAAAGUCAGCCAGCCAUCGGUGCCCCUCGACGGUCGGGGAAGCACAGAGUCCCCACGCUGGCGCCAGGAAAGUAAGGAUGGAGACUGCGCCACUGACCAGCAGCACCCCGAGUCCAAAGACCCUGCCCCCAAGAGUUCCAGCAAAGCUCCACGAGGUCCCGCCGAGGGGCCCCAGCCUGGGAAGAGGGGCUGCCAGAAAUCCCCCGCCCAACAGGAGCCCCCACCUCGGCAAACUAUCGGAACCAAGCAACCCAGAAAACCUGCCAAGGGCUCUGGUCAGGCAGAGCCCCAGGCCAGCUCACAGGCGGAGAGUGAACCAGGAUCCCUUCCCUAUGUCUCGAAAGAGCAGACUCCCAAAGACAAGCCCAAGGUGAAGACGAAAGGCAGGCCACGAGCUGUGGGCAACAGGGAGCCUAAGCCUGAAGCUCCUGUGCCCAAGCCGCCGGCCGCCGUGCCCAAGCCGCAGGCAGCUGUGCCCACCCCCACCGAGAAGAGGAAACACAAGAGUUCCCCGGCCCCCUCCAAGACACUGUCAGGCCCUCAGCCCCCAAAGGACAAUGCUGGGGACAGGAACCCCGAGCACUUUGCCCUUGUCUCGUUGACUCAGAGCCAAGGCCCCCUUCCCAGCAGCAGGGGUGGCAGCGGCGGCGGUGGCAGCAGCAGCAGCAGCAGCAGCAGCAGCAGGACUAGCGGCUGCCGACAGGCUGUGAUUGUCCAGGAGGAUGGCCGCAAAGACAGACUCCUGUUACCCUUGAGAGACACCAAGUUGCUCUCGCCACUCAGGGACGCUCCACCGCCAACGAGCUUGGUGGUGAAGAUAACCCUAGACCUUCUCACUAGGAUCCCACAGCCCUCCGUGAAGGGGGGCCGCUCUAGGGAGGUGGGCGACAAGCAGCUGCCGGCUGCGAAGAAGCAGGACACCGAGAAGAGAAGCCGCGACCCCUCCAGCAAAGUCACCAAGAAGAGAAAGGGUGACUCAGAAAAAGACCAUGCAAACAAAAAGAUCAAAUUGGAGAAGGACGUCCAGUCACACUGUGCUUCAUCUUCACCUUCCCACAGGGAACCCCCCAAAACCAAGACACCCAGGCCCUCCUCGGAGUCCUCAAGAAAGGACAUGCUUCCUCCACCACCUGUGUCGUCGUCGUCGUCGUCCUCCUCCUCCUCGUCCUCCCAGAAGUCAACCAAAACUGCACACAAGAGGUCAAAGCCGGAUGCAGACUCCUGUAGUCAGGACCCUCCCAAAAGUGCCAGCAGCACCAAGAGCAACUGUAAGGACUCUUCCGUCCCCAAGCACAGAAAAGUGCAGGCUCGGGGCACUGAACACAAAGGGUCUUCUGGAGAGGCUGCAAACCCUUUCCCAGUGCCUUCUUUGCCAAAUGGUAACUGUAAACCAGGGAAGUCACAAGUGAAGUCUGACAGACAGCAAGCUGAUUUUCACAUGAAGGAGGCUAAAAAGUUGAAGUGCAAAGCAGAGGCAAUGGCGGACAAGGCUGGAAAGGCCUUCAAGUAUUUGGAAGCCAUCCUGUCUUUUAUUGAGUGUGGGAUGGCCACGGAGUCAGAAAGCUCAGCCAAGUCUGCGUACUCGGUGUACUCCGAAACCAUAGACCUCAUUAAGUUCACCAUGUCACUGAAAUCCUUCUCAGAUACCACGGCGCCAAUACAAGACAAGAUAUUUGCCGUUUUAUGCUUGCGUUGCCAGUCCCUGUUGAACAUGGCCAUGUUUCGCUGUAAAAGAGACAUAGUCAUGAAGUAUUCUCGCACUCUUAGUGACCACUACAAGAGUUCUCCCAAAGUGGCCCAGGCACCUUCUCCAUGCAUGGCCAGAAGCACAGGCGUCCCAUCCCCGCUGUCCCCAAUGCCUUCUCCUGCCAGCUCUGUCGGUUCCCAGUCAAGUGCUGGCAGUCUGGGGGGCAGUGGGGUGACUGCCACCGUCACUACUCCAGUCACCAUCCAUAACAUGACCUCAUCCUAUGUCACCAUCACAUCCCACGUCCUUAAGGCCUUUAACCUUUGGGAACAGGCAGAGGCCCUUACAAAGAAGAACAAAGAAUUCUUUGCCCAGCUCAGCACGAAGGUGUGCGUCUUGGCCCUCAACAGCAGCCUGGUGGACCUGGUGCACUACACAAGACAAGGUCUGCAGCGGCUGAAGCAAGCACCCAAAACCCCCUAGUGCGGGCUGGGCUCUACUUGAUGCCCUGGAAUGUCUUUGCACACGCGGAAGCCUUGACCCAGUGUAGACAACCGUCUGAUCGGGAUGUCACACUCAACAAAUGAAGUGCCGUCAGAUGGCCAGAACGCUUGCCCACUUAAACUCGAAAGAGCUGUGUGCGUGGCCAUCGGUUGGACACCGGUUAGCAGAGCGGACGGUGGGAAUGAUGACCUGCCUUUCCUAAUGGAAGGACGGAAGUGCAAUGGAGCCCAAGCGGCAGAUGAGGUCCAGCAACAUUUCUGGUUUGGUUUUUCUGUUUGAACAGUAGCAUACAAGCGACAGCCAUUUCAAGUCUCACAGCGAUUCCUGUCAUCUCAGGAGCCACACUAGUUCACUUCCAGAAGGAAUUUUUUUUGAAUAAUAAUUUUUGGUGAAGGGUUUUAUGGAUAUAUAUUUUUUCUUUUCAAGUUUUAAAGGAAAACAUUGUUUAAUAAAUUCUAAUGGCUGCCUGUAAAAUAGAAGUUGUGAAGGGCUCCGCUGUGCUCAGUUCCUGCAGCGAACAGUGGCCUUGUUGACACUGAGUGUUGCUGUUUAGAGAUUGAAGGUGACGACCUGCCCCCGCCCCCCAGUGCCUAGAGUCCUGCACGUAGUCUAGCUCUGGUCUCUCUGGCUUCACUCAAAGCAAACCCAGGGCAGUCCUAGAGAAGUGGCAGCAUCUAGACCCAGGAUCCAUCUUACGGUCUCCCCGCACUUCCUCCCGCUGCCACAGCCUGGGCAGUGACCGGCUAAGCAGCAGCCUGGGUUGCUGGUACAGUCCCCACCAUGGUGUGGGCAAAGGGAGCCAGCGUUUGCCUCGGGCUGGACUUCAUCAUCUACUAAAGUCCCAGGUGCUGACGGCAACGCGUGCAUCGGUGAAGGAAAGGGAGGUCUUCCUACAGAGGCUGUAUUUUUCUGCUACAAAUUGUUUUAUAUUUAUAGCAAAACUCAAUUUCCCAAAGCCCUUGAUUAUCCAGGGGAUGCGGAUAUCUGGGGCAGAGGGGUUAACCCAACUUACAAAAGGAAUCCAUUACCACACAUCUUCCUUCCAGACCGUCUUCUCAGGUAGCGAUUCGAUAAUGUUGAAGAGGACCUGUGCUCGCCCAAGCUGUGUGCCCCGCCCACAUUAGACCGAGGGCACACUCAUGGUUCACACCUGCCCAUAAGCACAGGCCUUCACCGAAACUGCAAAGGAUAUUACUGGAAUACUCUUGAGUGCAGUGUUGUUUUAAAAGCCAAUUCUUUUACCCAUUCUAGGAAGUAAAAUUUGCACAGGUAUUCACAUGAUGGAAGCAUGUUAUGGCUUUUCCUCACUCACCCUGACUCCGCUUCCUACAAGCCAUGCCAUGUGUCUGUACCUAUAGAUUAGUGGGGGUCCCUGGGGUGUGGUGGGUGAGACUUUCUUGGUACUUUGGUAAAUCUACACAGGGCUGCAGGCGAGUGUGAUGCCAGGUGUCUGUGUGGGCUUCUCUGCUUUGGGUAACACCAGAGAAAGGCUGCCUUGUGCAGAUCUGAGCGUAGACUGUCUGUGAGCUGACGAAGCAGUUCUUUGUAUUGAUGAUCUGAAGAACUUGGUAGCCGAGCUGCAGCACGAGGUAGGUCGUCCCUGGUUCUACAUCACCUCUUGUGGGCUCUUCAGGAUCUUUUCCCUUCUCCCAUGGCUGGUUGUCCCUUCACAACAAGCUGCUUGUUGCUUGCAACUGGUCCUGGUCCAGGCACAUUUUGCCAAAGCACGUGUGUGUCCCGUCAGGAGACCCUGUGCCCCUUGACUGAACACCUUCAGCCCGUGCAGGAAGAAUGGGCCGCUCCAUCCUUUGUACUGGAUGCCUUUUCUCAACUCUAUAUACUACAAUUUCAUUUGUACCUUGAGAACUAAUAAUUUGGACAGACCUGUUUACACCAAUUUGGUCUGUAGAUAGUUUUCCCACAAAGCUGUACCUAAAGAGAGAAAGCCUCCAGCUGCCUUUGUAGUAGAGUGUAACGGUGACUGGUCAGAGCUGUUCUAUUCAUCGUGGAAACCUGGAGAAUCUCUUUAAGCUAUUUGCACUUUUCACUGUAUGCUUACAGUCCCCAAAAGCCACUUUCCCCCCUGAGGUAAUUAAUUUGGAAAGGCUAUAAAAUUAACCCCCUUGAAUGUGGGAUGUUCUUGUAACCACAGAAAAACAUGGUUUCAUGGUGAGGCAAUCUUGCCUUUGCCGCUACAAAGGGUGUGUAUGGCCUGCCUGUCUUCAAUAUAAAGUAGAGGGACACACACUAUUUCCCAAGUGUGGGAUGUUUUCUUUUGGAAAUAAUUAAAAUUUGACAUGUAAAAGCCCCACUAGCUAAUAAUAAAAACAUGUCACUAAAGCCAGUCAUUCUGCUAAGAUGCCAAGAGGGCAGGCCACAUGGGAGGAGUACCUGAUUUAUUGUAAUGUUUUGACAAAAAUGUCUGUCCAUCCUCUGGACAGUCAGGACCCCACCUACCCCGCUGUGUUCUCUUAUUCUAGAUCUUAGGACAUUUAGCGUGGGAUCUUCCACAUCCUAAUUGAAAAUGUGCCUUAACUGAUACCUUGUGUAUUGAUGUUAGGGACAGGGCCCCUUCUUAGGGUUCCUGUUUCUGAAGCGCUGUGUGCUCCACACACAGCUACAGUCUCUUGACACAGAGGAUGACAGGUUUGUCUUAGAUCUUUUGUGCCUUUGUUGACCAAACAAUUUCUGAAGUCAUGCUGUUCGUUUUGUCACAGCUUCAAGGGUUAGUUUCCUUUCUGGCUUUGUGAAGUUUGAGAUGUAUUUGUGCGUCUUAAGGUAAAUGAGUUGGGCUUUAAAACAAAAAAUUUAAAAUCUUUCCAUGCCUCCUACAGAUUCCUUCUUUCUCUUGAUUUAUUUUCCCAACACUACAAAAACAUCUUUGAAAAUUACCACUUCAUUUGUUUCAUUCUUUACCACUGCUUAGCAGUAUUUAAAUCUCCCGAGAAUAUUUUGGGCUCCUCUGAGAAACACAGAAGUGUAGAUUUUUCUCACUGAAGAAUGAGCUACUGCCUCGCGGCUGUGGAGACGCGAGGCUGUCUUGAUGUCUCCCUCCUGUUGGUCUUGGUCCAUUUGGAAGUAAUGGGUGUGAGGAUGUUUUCUGUGCCUUUAGUCUGUUGUCCUGUGGAAGGGAAGGUUAAGGGCAGAAGGGCAUGCUGUUGGUAUUUUCCUUCAAAAUCUGCAAGUGGUAUUUCUGCCAGGUAAUCUCCAGUGUUCGGUCCAGUCAUGCUGGCUUCCCAGUGAGAACAGUUGCCUCAUGGCCACGCUCUUGUUGAUGGCUCAUUUUCAAGCACGUUUCUUCAGGUUGCCUGGAGAUUUCUUGGGGGUAAAUCACACUAUUUUCUGUUCCACUGUGCAUCAAGACAUCAGCAGUUACUGUGAUGACAAAAAAGUGCCUCUUUCCCUACCUAAGAGGGAGCCGGAGGACAGGAAGGCUGCCUCUCUGUCCCUAGGACACUGGAAUAAGGCCACUGACAGGCAGGCCAAGCUUCCCUGCUGGGCUGUGCCGUGGUUGACCUAAAGAAGAGAUGAGCUCUCUUUGCUUAGGUGUUUUAGCAAUACUCAGUACAGGCAGUAUUAAGUUUGCUUCUGUUCAGGCCAUGGCGUGUAUUGCUAAUACUGCAUACCCUCACAAUAUCAAGCACACACUGUACAUGUUGGGGUGUGGGCAUGUUGUGUCCCAAUCUUGUUUUAAUUUUUUCUGAAUGUGAUCAUGUUUUGGAUGAUACCUGAGCAGGGUUGCCUUUUUUAUUUAUUAUCAUUAUAUAUUAUAUUAUAUAUUUUCUUUCUUAGAGGAAAGUCAAAUCUUGGUGUUAUUAAAAUUGCUUUAAGAAGGAUAGGUUGUCCAGGUGAUAAUGAAAUCACUGGUAUGUCUUUAAUGACUUUCUUUGAUUGCCAUGGCAUGUGUGCCAGCCCUCACCAGCACAGUGCUUUGGGGAGCAGGCCAGGGGGCCCUGGUGCAACAGAAGCACAGGGGGCACCACGCGUUCGCCAGCGUCGGGAGUGGCCUGCACACUUGGCUUGUGAAUGAGGCUUGGCUGCCCUUUAGAGUACUUGAAAGGGGCAGACAUGAUCUGUGAGAGGAUGCUUUCUUUUUAAGAAUAUCUGCAAAAGAUCGUUCCAAAGAUAAUGUGCCACAGAUCUCUUGUUUUUCUCUGUAAUGAGGAGUAAGUGCUGUUUUAAAAAUGUAACUGACUUGUUCAUCUUCAGUCUUUCCACAAGAUCAAACUGUAGAAAAAAUAUUUAAUAAAAACUUAGAGAAAUCA